UGUCGAAAAGAUUUUUUGUAGAAUAUUUGUGGUGUACAACAAUGGCACAGUGUUUAUUUCGUAUCUGAAAGCUUUUUAGUGAUGAAAUUUUCCUGUUGAGUGAACCGGAAAUCAGGGUGCGGAUUCGUGCAGAGAAUUUAUUUUCUUUUAUUGCCUAACUAGGCUGUGGCACAAAUAAUUGGUUUUCAGAGUGUACAGAGAUUGCGAGCGUCGUGUUCGUGAUAAACAAAACAUCUAAAAACAACAUUACUGCUGGCGAUAAUCGGACGACCAACAUUGGCCGAGUUUCGAUUUUUGGCUCUCUAUGUAAGUUCACAGAAUCUCGAAACAGAAUGCCCAUCGAAGAAUCACAACAACAACAGCAGCAGGGCCAGCAAUCGCAACAGCAACAACAACAGCAGCAGCAGCAAGCGCAGAACUUCUACCAGACCGAGCAGAAAGCAGCCCUUUCGAAGGCGUCCCUGGACGAGGAAGAGGAUGACGACGAUGAGGAUGAUGACGAAACGGGCACCGGUGUGGAUCCGACGGAUGGGGCCCGUAGUUAUUCCAGUACACAGGUCGCAUCGGCUGGUGGUGGCUUCUACGAGGAAGAGGAAGAAGACGAAGAGGACGAAAUCGAGGAACACUCGGAACUGCGACAGUUGUUCGCACCGAUAAUUGACGCACAAGCACAGAGCGAAGACGAAGAGGACGGCGACUACAUUCCGGACGAGGAGGUUAAGAAGACCAUCAUGGUGGGUAGCGACUUUCAGGCGGUAAUACCGGAAGGUUUGUGCCGGUACGAUGACGCAUUGCCUUACGAGAACGAAGACAAACUUCUCUGGAAUCCGACGGUACUGAAUGAAGAUCUGAUAGAGGAAUACUUGCUGAAAAUUGCCAGUGGAGCCAGUAGCAAUACGGGAACCCCCCAAUCGAACAGUGUGUAUUCCAUUCCGCUGGGGAAACAUUUACGAGACGAUGAACAGGGUCUGUACCUACUGCAGCAGUGUGGGCACAACAUCGACGAAGCUCUACGGAGGAAGCGAAUAAAUGCAGUCCCCGUAGCCGAGCAGCAAAUGAGCAUUUGGUCCGAAGAAGAGUGUCGCAAUUUUGAAAAUGGAUUGCGAAUACACGGGAAAGAUUUCCACAUGAUUCAACAGUCAAAGGUGCGCACUCGUUCCGUGGGAGAGCUAGUGCAGUUUUACUAUCUGUGGAAGAAAACCGAGCGGCACGAUCUGUUUGCCAGCAAAGCUCGGCUGGAAAAGAAGAAGUACAACCUGCAUCCGGGGCUGACGGAUCAUAUGGAUCGCUUUUUAGAAGAGCAAGAGAACAGCACCGGUUUUGGAGAUCGCAGUUCGUCGCCUGGCUUCGGUAGUCUGUACAGUGGCACUUCAGAGGCAAAGCGGAGCCGGUUAAUGGAUUCAAAAGCAAGUACAGGAUCUUCAAAGAAGUCUUCGUCUGCAUUGUGACUCUUAGGUCUCUCGCGGGUGCUGGAAACCGUCCUACCAGCACUACUGGUAGGCAAGAAAGGAGUAGCUUAGUAUUUACUACAUCAUUCACAGUACAGCACAAAUAUUUCAAGAGAUACAAAAAAAGGCCAGGCAAAACAGAAAGCUACCGCAUAAGUUGGUCCUACUCCUCCCGGAGUAAAACGAGUCUGAGGUAAUGGAAAAAUGCAAACUUUUUGAUGCAGAACUGACGGCAUGAUUCUGCACAAGUAUCCAGCGGAUAAUCUUUUAUGCAGAAGUACCGUAUUUAACUUAUUAAGUUAUGGAAGUGAUUCACUUUUAUUGACAUAUUUUACGAGCUGAGAAGUAUUCGUUAUUGUUUAGGUCGUUACUGAGUGGAAGUACCGUUUCAGUAAUCAUUUUUAUAUGAUUUAUGUGUUGUGUAAUGAGCGCAGGUUGCAUUAGAAUUUCUGGAAUAUCUAUUUUGCUUCUUGGUUUUCGUAACCGUAGCCAGAACAAGUGAGAAACAAAAGUAGCGGACGGUAGAAAACAAAUUGAAACUCUGUAAUCUAAAGUGUUUCUAAAUUAUCAAAAUUACUCAUGCAUAAAC